AUGGACUCCGCUUUUAGCUAUUCUGGGAAAACAGUAACAAUCCAAGGAAAUGAUUAUUACGUUCCCCCGUUUAGCAAAUGGGAGGAAAAAUGUAAAUGUGGUCCAUGUCAUAUUGCUUAUUUCCCUGCAAUUGAUAAAUAUUUUUGUAAUCAAUGGGAAUGUUCAUUUUUAUUCCCAUCAAUCAUUAUAAUAUUAACUACACUUACAUUUGCAUUCGGCGAGUGGUCCUUAACUUAUACAACUAGCGGAACAUUAACAAUAGUCCUUUGUAUUAUUGGUGCUUUGAUAUAUAUUGUGUGGUGGGUUGCAUAUCUACAGUCCAUGUGCAGAUCAGCUGGAUACUUGCCAUGGUAUUGGUUUGUAGAAAAAAGGGAAGAAUAUACUUAUGAAGAGCAAAUGGGCGGUAUUAUUACAACUGAUGAGCAAAUGGAAUUCGCAAGAGAUUUAGAUAGACCUGAAAGAGCGAUUUUAAGUGCUAAAGCAAGAAGAAUCGUUUUACGCGCAGAUCAUAUCUGUAAAUGGAUAGGAAAUUGGGUAGGUCUCAAGAAUUAUCGAUUCUUUUUCAUACAGUUAAUAUGGUUUGUCAUGUUAUUUAUCUUUUUCUUCAUAGUUUGCGCUUUCGAAAUUGUCGAUAUGGCGAAAAAUGGAUGGCAUACGUACCCGCCGCGUAUCUGUAUGUUUAUAGUUUUCAUACCUGUUAUGCUUUUCUUCAUUUUCUUCUUGAUUGUCUUUGUCAGACACGUAAGAUAUCUUGUUACAAACAAUACUACGGUCCACGAGCUUAAAUCAGAGAAAAGCAAUGAUUUUACGAACCCUUACGAUCUUGGAUGCUGGCAGAACUGCAUAGAAACCCUUGGCCCGGCCAAAUAUUGUCCAAUUUGGUUUUGUCCGUGCUGGAUUCCUCGAUCAAACGAUGGCUUCACUUGGAGAAGGAAUGACCAAGAGGAGCAAACGAAUCUUUACAAUUACGAUGACCAUACAACUCAAGAUUCCGAACAAAUCAUUGAAAUUGACUCUGUUCCUCCUUCUGGACAAGAUUUCUUCUUCCCAACUGUUCCAAACCCAAUGAAUUCCCCAAGAAGCAGCUACGAUGAUGGAAAUGAGUUCAUUUCUCCGUCAAAUCAAAAUCUUUAUCAAAAUGAGAAGCCAAAACCAGAAAAUAAACAACCAGAAGAGAAUAAAGAAGUUAAACAAGAGCAGCAGAUGAUCAAAAGAAUGCCAGCUCCUCCAACAAAGCCAAAUUCAAAUCUUAUUCCUUCUUCUGAGCAAAAUCAAAACAAAACUCUGCCACAACCGCUUCCCUCACAAAAAGCUGAUGAUCAGCCGCCAAAACAAAAGCGGAGAAGGCACGUUAAACAAAAUGAACCAAAUAAUUCACAGCAAAAUGGGGAAAAGAAGGCACAAGAGCCAAGGAAAAGGAAGCAGAACCACGAUGGAUUCAUGGAUGCCUUGGUUGAUAGGACUUUGGAUGGAGAAGACGACGAUGAUUUUGAUUUAUACACAAAAGGAGAAAAAGUUGCACCAAUUCCACCGAAGCAGCCUGUGAAAUUAAGAAUUAAGCAAAGGAGACAGACAUCUGCCGUUCCUCCUCCUCCAAAUAAAAAUACAGUUCAAAUUGGACUUCCAACCAAGCCAAAUCCGGCCAAACCAGAUCAGACAGAGAUCAGGCAAUCGAAGACAUUAAGUAAAUUGCCAAAAAUGAAAAUGCCGGAGCCUCCAGGAAAGAAAAUUGAAGAAAAACCUGUUUCUGACCUUCCUCAGAGGAAAAAGUCAAAGCCACACUCUAAGAAAAACUCUGUUUCUAAUCAGAACAACGCUGACGGACUUCCUGUGAAAAAGAAAAGAUCUAGAUCAGUGAGGAAGCCACGUGAAGAGUUCCCACAGCCAUAA